AUGUUCACCCGAGCUCGGUACGUGGCUGCAGAAGAUAGCAUCAUCCUCAAGCCAUGGGUUCUCUACAAUACGACACUUGUACUAUGGGCUUACGGUGCGGUUGUCUGCGGUGCCCGGGAAUCGCCCGGUCUCGCUCAGGACCACACUAUCGAUAAUGGUACACAUAAAUGGUCGGCCGAGGAGUAUCUUUCCCACAUGCUCAAUGGUCUGAUGGGAGAUGGCGACCUCUCUCAGCUUCCAGGGACUAACAGGACGUCGGGUAAUGUGUUUUGGAACUAG